AUGGGACGAACGGAGCCGCCGUUUCUCUAUGACGGACCAACCCAUAACCGUUUCUCUGGCAUAUCAGACAACUUUGAUCCAAAGGCUGUGACGCAAACAAGCUGUACACCGCGUGAGCCUCGAAUGGAAAGAAAGGGACCCUUUGUGAACUUCAAUCGGCAUCCGGAUUCUUACGCUGUGAUUCCAAAUGGAAAUGAUAACAAGAAAACGAUGAGCCCGAAGACCAUUGACAGGAUAAAAUACACAAGGAUCUUUCAAUUGAUAUUGAGGAUUUUGGCUCUUGUUGGAGCGCUGGGUUUGCUGUUCUGUGUGAUAUGCAUUAAAGAUACGAAGGGAGAAGUGUCGUGGAUGAUCCGUGUUGCACCCGCCGUUGCAAUUCUUCAUACCGUAUACGGAGUCUACCAUCUGUGUGGUUCCUUGACGGCUCGCAGUCCUGCCUCAUCUGCUAGCUAUAUGUUGUUUGCGUGUGUUUUAGACGCUGGGCUAAUUCCGCUCUAUCUCUUUAUCGGCAUCAUAGCUAGAGUCGAGCACGAUAGCAAGACAUACGGCUGGGGUACCCUUUUCGAUAAGGAAAUGACAACAUCCAAAAUCAUCUAUGCAAUCUUUGUUGGUUGUUGUGUUGUUGGAGCACUGCACCUUGUAUCAUUGGUUAUAUCUUUUUAUUUGGCAGUUAUUUUCCGCAAAAUCUCUAAACUUCCGCCGGAUAUGAAUCCAUUGGAAAACCACCUUACCACGCGUCCUCACAAACGCAGCAAAUCCGAGAUUGCAGAUAUCGGAGAGAAACACCUAAACACCACCACAGCUGACUCCCCUAACUCCAAUCGCAUGUCUCUUACUCAAGAACCACUGAUUAAUCCCCCUCGCGCUGUUCCUUUUCUUCACAUCCGUUCUGGCUCCGUUGAAACUGGUGUCAACGAUCCGAUGGAAUCCGCCUAUUCAGCCCAAUUUCAUCGACAUUCGCGUUCGGAUCUUCCCAGCCAACAGAUGCGUCAGUAUGGGCAAUUCCAGCAUACCCCGGUGGCCGCCGCACGCACUCCUGUGAGGGACCAUGUUGGCAUCUCAUCUCGACCCCAGUUUGCCGUUAUCAACACUCCUCCCAAAUCUGAGAACUCGCGCCCUGAAUCCCCUAAAAUCACCACCCAUGAUCCUAGUGGUAUGCCAUCUUUAGCGAAUGAUAACCGGUUCGUCCAUCCCUCGUCGCCGUGUCCUCCAUUGCAUGUCGAUCGAGUUUCUCCGCUGCCCGGCCGCCUCGGAUCUCCCGACAUACAUGGCAGUGAGUUUGGCGUGAAAAAUUGGGAGACUAUGGAAGACACAUAUGACUUUAACCGGAGCGGCACAGUUGUGCGGCAUCGUAGUAAGGACAGCUAUAGUCUUUCGAGUAGCUUCUAUAGUGUCAAUGAAAACGUAUAUGGCAAGGAGCAUACAGAGAAUCUGUACGUGGAUGAUCAAGAUGUGGACGAUAACCUUCGGACCAACAAUAACUAUCAAGUCUCGGAAGGUCAGACAGAUGUACCAUCACCUGUCCUUCAUCCACUGGAAAUGAACCCCCCCACACCACAACCUGACGAACAACAACAACUCAAUUCGUAUAGUCAGUCAAGAAGCAUCCGCCGCGUUGCGUUGACUGACAUGCCAAACUCAUCGCUCAACGUUCCAGGAUAUUCGACCCCGGUGAAAUCUCGAGCAUUGGGGGGCAGCGAGUCUAAAUACGGACAACACUUUAACGACCUCAAUGGGUCUGCCAACGGCGCAACCCAAAAUAGCACGGGGAAAAACUCCACCCCAGGCAAAAAUCGGUGGACACUUAGGAGUGGUAAGCCCUCCGCAUACAAAUCCCUACAUGGCGAUGACGAUAGCGAUGACGGCAAAGAAACCAAUCCAGCUCCCCGCGAUCGCGAUCGCAAGGGCCGCGUGGUCAGCAAUUCUGGCAUUGACUUGGGGUCGAAUUUUGGGCAUGGCUCACCUGGCUACGGCAGUUACAUUGCUGGUCUAGGUGUUGGGAGGAGAAGGGAUGUUAGCGGGAAGGUCGCGGAAGAAGGACGGAAUUGCGCUGGAGCUGUUGAAGAGAAAGAGAAUGCGACGAAGCAGAAGGGAUGGCUCCUUUCGAAUUCUGGCGGUGGAGAUAUCAAGGCAGCUGGAUGGGCUCGUUUUAAGGGGUUGUAA